GCACCUUCCUUCUGUCAAUAGAUGAAACGAAUACUUCAUCCUGCUCUGGAAACCACUGAUCCCUGUUCCACCGGUUUUGUUUUCCCAGCAAUGACAUUAUUCCCAGUGCUGUUGUUCCUGGUUGCUGGGCUGCUUCCAUCUUUUCCAGCAAAUGAAGAUAAGGAUCCCGCUUUUACUGCUUUGUUAACCACCCAAACACAAGUGCAAAGGGAGAUUGUGAAUAAGCACAAUGAACUGAGGAGAGCAGUAUCUCCCCCUGCCAGAAACAUGCUGAAGAUGGAAUGGAACAAAGAGGCUGCAGCAAAUGCCCAAAAGUGGGCAAACCAGUGCAAUUACAGACACAGUAACCCAAAGGAUCGAAUGACAAGUCUAAAAUGUGGUGAGAAUCUCUACAUGUCAAGUGCCCCCAGUUCAUGGUCACAAGCAAUUCAAAGCUGGUUUGAUGAGUACAAUGAUUUUGACUUUGGUGUAGGGCCAAAGACUCCCAACGCAGUGGUUGGACAUUAUACACAGGUUGUUUGGUACUCUUCAUACCUCGUUGGAUGUGGAAGUGCCUACUGUCCCAAUCAAAAAGUUCUAAAAUACUACUAUGUUUGCCAAUAUUGUCCUGCUGGUAAUUGGGCUAAUAGACUAUAUGUCCCUUAUGAAAAAGGAGCACCUUGUGCCAGUUGCCCAGAUAACUGUGACGAUGGACUAUGCACCAAUGGUUGCAAGUACGAAGAUCUCUAUAGUAACUGUAAAAGUUUGAAGCUCACAUUAACCUGUAAACAUCAAUUGGUCAGGGACAGUUGCAAGGCCUCCUGCAAUUGUUCAAACAGCAUUUAUUAAAUAUGCAUUACACACCGAGUAGGGCUAUGUAGACAGGAGUCAGAUUAUCUACUUAGAUUUGGCAUCUACUUAGAUUUAACAUAUACUAGCUGAGAAAUUGUAGGCAUGUUUGAUACACAUUUGAUUUCAAAUGUUUUUCUUCUGGAUCUGCUUUUUAUUUUACAAAAAUCUUUUUCAUACAAAUGGUUAAAAAGAAACAAAAUCUAUAACAACAACUUUGGAUUUUUAUAUAUAAACUUUGUGAUUUAAAUUUACUGAAUUUAAUUAGGGUGAAAAUUUUGAAAGUUGUAUUCUCAUAUGACUAAGUUCACUAAAACCCUGGAUUGAAAGUGAAAAUUAUGUUCCUAGAACAAAAUGUACAAAAAGAACAAUAUAAUUUUCACAUGAACCCUUGGCUGUAGUUGCCUUUCCUAGCUCCACUCUAAGGCUAAGCAUCUUCAAAGACGUGUUCCCAUAUGCUGUCUUAAUUCUUUUCACUCAUUCACCCUUCUUCCCAAUCAUCUGGCUGGCAUCCUCACAAUUGAGUUGAAGCUGUUCCUCCUAAAACAAUCCUGACUUUUAUUUUGCCAAAAUCAAUACAAUCCUUUGAAUUUUUUAUCUGCAUAAAUUUUACAGUAGAAUAUGAUCAAACCUUCAUUUUUAAACCUCUCUUCUCUUUGACAAAACUUCCUUAAAAAAGAAUACAAGAUAAUAUAGGUAAAUACCUUCCACUCAAGGAGGUAGAACUCAGUCCUCUCCCUUGUGAGUCUUCACUAAAAUCAGUGACUCACUUCCAAAGAAUGGAGUAUGGAAAGGGAAACAUAGUAACUUUACAGGGGAGAAAAAUGACAAAUGCCGUCUUCACCAAGUGAUCAAAAUUAACGUCACCAGUGAUAAGUCAUGCAGAUUUGUUCUAGAUAAUCUUUCUAAACAUUCAUAAUCCCAAUCUAAUUAUGAGCUAAAACAUCCAGCAAACUCAAGUUGAAGGACAUUCUACAAAAUAUCCCUGGGGUAUUUUAGAGUAUUCCUCAAAACUGUAAAAAUCAUGGAAAAUAAAGGAAUCCUGAGAAACAAUCACAGACCACAUGAGACUAAGGAGACAUGUGAGCCAAAUGCAAUGUGCUUCUUGGAUCAGAUCCUGGAACAGAAAAAGAUCAGUAAUGAAAAAACUGAUGAAGUCUGAAUAGAAUCUGGAGUAUUUUUAACAGUAAUGUUGAUUUCUUAAUCUUGACAAAUAUAGCAGGGUAAUGUAAGAUGAUAACAUUAGAGAAACUGAAACUGGGUGAGGGCUAUCUAGGAAUUCUCUGUACUAUCUUACCAAAUUUUCGAUAAGUCUAAGAAAGCAAUGCAAAAUAAAAAGUAUCUUGAAAAAAAAUACAAGAAUUUUUUUUCUUGACUCCAUGAUGCAUCAAAGCUUUUCUUCAGAUUAUCUAGUUAUUCUUUCCUAGACUUUUAACCUUCAGCUCCUUUAUCCCCGUGCUAUAUGUUUGAUUUUGUCCUUUCAGGUAAUAUCAAUGAUCGGGUUGUCAUAUCAGAUCGACAUGCUUAUCCAGUAUCAAACUUCAGUAAAAAUUUCAAGGAUCUAAGUAAUCAUGAGGCAAAGGAAAACAGGAAGGUGCAAGACCACCAAUGCAGCCCCUAGAUGCUAUUUUUGGCUGCAUUUCUUAAUCUCUCAAGCAAUAAAUUUCCUAAUUAGUCUCCAUUCAAAACCUUUCAAUAGGUUUCAGAAGUAAUUAGUAUAAUAUUCACGAUCUUAAACUGAUCUGCAAGAAGCUGAAUAAUGUUUUUUAUAUUUCCCUCUCCAAUCUCACUUCAUUCCACCCUCCCUCAUUUCCUCUGCUUCAGUAGGAUGAGCCCGUUAAAUUAUCUCAAAUUCCUCAAGAUUAUUUUUACCUUAUGGUGUUUGUGUUUGCUAUUGCUCUGUUUGGAAGAGUGAUCACUGUAUUAUUUGCUAGAAUUGCUACUUCACAUUAAACAUUAUUUCAUCAACAGAUUCUUUUGAGCACAUAAUCUAGGGAAGCUCCCCCCAUUUUCUCUCAGAGCUCCCUAUAUUUCUUCUUAUAGUAAUCAUCACAGUGUGUAAUAAUUCAUUCCUGUGCUCAACAAAUAUUUAUUGAAGACACUUAUGUGUUGAGUAUUCAAUUAGGCACUUUGAAAUAGAACAAUUAGCAAGACAGACCAAAUUCCAAAUUUCAUGAAGUUCACACUCUAGCAGAGGAAAGAGAAAGAAAACUCUCUUGCAAAUAAAUACUUAAUACAAUGUCAGGAAAUGACAAAUGCUAUGAACUAAACUUGGGAAGAGGAUAGAGCAUAAUGAGGAUAGGCUGAGAGAGAGAAAUGUUAAUUUAAAUAAGAUUAUCAGGUAAAUCAUCUCUAAAGUGCUAAAUGCUAUUUGGAGCUUUGAAUUUAUCCUUUUAGUAAUGAACAACCAAUUGUAAGAUUUUAAACAGAAGAGUGACAAAAUCUGAACCGUGUUUCAUGGAACAAGAGCACAAUACAAGUGAGAGAACCACCAAUAGAUAAUUUGAUGGAGAAGACUUUCAGGCAAGAAUAGUGAGUAAAAUGUUACUGAGGUAGGAAUAAACUUGGCAUAUUUUAUUAAAGGCAAGAAGUCCAUAAUAGCUGGAGUAGAGGGAGCAUGGUAAAGAAAAUAUUAAAAAGAGGUAAGAAACUUAGGCAGGAAUCUCAUUAUAUGGUGCCCUCUAGGGUAGGUAAAGAAUUGGGAUAUUAUUAUAAUUAAGGCAGCAAAUCAUCAGAGUAUAUUAAAGAGUGAUAUUAUUAGAUCUAAUAUUGUGAGAGGACAAGAAUGGAAGCAAGACAUCAGUUAAGAUGCUAUUACCAGCCGGGCACAGUGGCUCACGCCUGUAAUCCCUGCACUUUGAGAAGCCCAGGCGGGCGGAUCACGAGGUCGGGAGAUCAAGACCAUCCUGACUAACAUGGCGAAACCCCGUCUCUACUAAAAAUACAAAAAAAUUAGCCGGGCGUGGUGGCGGGCAACUGUAGUCCCAGCUACUCGGGAGGCUGAGGCAGGAGAAUGGCGUGAACCCGGGAGGCAGAGAUUGCAGUGAGCUUAGAUAGCGCCACUGCACUCCAGCCUGGGCGACAGAGCAAGACUCUGUCUCAAAAAAAAAAAAAAAAAAAAAAAAAAAAAAAAAAAAAAAAAGAGGCUAUUCCCUAGAAAAGAAAUUAAGUUAAAUUGUACUAAAUUAUAAAUAUAUGUGUGUAUGUGUAUAUGUGUAUAUUAUAUAUCAUACUAAUAAAAUAAAGAUAUAAUAUGAUCAUCUCAAAAAAUGCAAAUCAAUGCACUUAACAAGAUUUAACAGCAUUUAAUGAAAACAAUUUUCAGAAAACUAUGAAUAGAAAGUAACUUUCUUAUUCUAAUACAGAGCAUCUGCAAAAUCAAUCCCUGAGCUAACCUUAUACUUAAUAGUGAAUGAGUGAAUGUUUUUUCCUUUUUUUCUUUUUUUUUUAUUAUACUUUAAGUUUUAGGGUACAUGUGCACAAUGUGCAGGUUUGUUACAUAUGUAUACAUGUGCCGUGUUGGUGUGCUGCACCAAUUAACUCAUCAUUUAGCAUUAGGUAUAUCUCCUAAUGCUAUCCCUCCCCAAGCCCCCCACCCCAUGACAGGCCCUGGUGUGUGAUGUUCCCCUUCCUGUGUCCAUGUGUUCUCAUUGUUCAAUUCCCACCUGUGAGUGAGAAUAUGCGGUGUUUGGUUUUUUGUCCUUGCGAUAGUUUUCUGAGAAUGAUGGUUUCCAGCUUCAUCCAUGUCCCUACAAAGGACAUGAACUCAUCCUUUUUUAUGGCUGCAUAGUAUUCCAUGGUGUAUAUGUGCCACAUUUUCUUAAUCCAGUCUAUCAUUGUUGGGCAUUUGGAUUGGUUCCAAGUCUUUGCUAUUGUGAAUAGUGCCGCAAUAAACAUAUGUGUGCAUGUGUCUUUAUAGCAGCAUGAUUUAUAAUCCUUUGGGUAUAUACCCAAUAAUGGGAUGGCUGGGUCAAAUGGUAAUUCUAGUUCUAGAUCCCUGAGGAAUCGCCACACUGACUUCCACAAUGGUUGAACUAGUUUACAGUCCCACCAACAGUGUAAAAGUGUUCCUAUUUCUCCACAUUCUCUCCAGCACCUGUUGUUUCCUGACUUUUUAAUGAUCGCCAUUCUAACUGGUGUGAGAUGGUAUCUCAUUGUGGUUUUGAUUUGCAUUUCUCUGAUGGCCACUGAUGAUGAGCAUUUUUUCAUGUGUCUUUUGGCUGCAUAAAUGUCUUCUUUUGAGAAGUGUCUGUUCAUAUCCUUUGCCCACUUUUUGAUGGGGUUGUUUGUUUUUUUCUUGUAAAUUUGAGUUCAUUGUAGAUUCUGGAUAUUAGCCCUUUGUCAGAUGAGUAGAUUCCAAAAAUUUUCUCCCAUGUUGUAGGUUGCCUGUUCACUCUGAUGGUAGUUUCUUUUGCUGUGCAGAAGCUCUUUAGUUUAAUUAGAUCCCAUUUGUCAAUUUUGGCUUUUGUUGCCAUUGGUUUUGGUGUUUUAGACAUGAAGUCCUUGCCCAUGCCCAUGUCCUGAAUGGUAUUGCCUAGGUUUUCUUCUAGGGUUUUUAUGGUUUUAGGUCUAUCGUUUAAGUCUUUAAUGUUUUUUUCUUUUUAUUACUUAUCAUUGAAAUGAUGAUUGCAUCAUUUUUUAUCUGGAAUCCAUAAUCAGGAAUAAGGCAAAUAUGUUAGUUUGUACCACUUUUGUUCUGUAAACCAAAAAGUAUCUGAAACAAGUGUCAAAUUGAUUAUUUAGAAAGUUUAUUUUACCAAGGUUAAGGAUGCGCCUGUGACAGAGCCUCAGGAGGUCCUGACGACAUAUGCCCAAAGUGGUAGGGCUACAGCUUGCUUUUAUACAUUGUAGGGAGAUAUAAUACAUCAAUCAAUACAUGUAAGAUUUACAUUGGUUCAAUCUGGAAGGGCAGGACAACUCGAAGCAGGAGGGCUUCCAGGUCAUAUGUAGAUUUUAACAUAUUUUGAAUGGCAAUUAGUUGAAAGACUUAUUAUCAGUAGAAAGCAAUGUCUGGGUUACAUUAGGGUGUCGUGGGGACCUAGGUUUAUCAUACAGAUGAAGCCUCCAAGUAGCAGGCUUUGGAGAGAAUAGACUGUAAAUGUUUCUUACCAGGCUUAAGGCCUGUGUUGAUGUUAAUGCUAGAGAGGUAUAAUGAGGCAUGUCCGACCCCCACUUCCCACCAUGGCCUGAUACAGUCAUUCAGGUAAAACUUCAGGGUGCCCUAGCCAAGGAGAGAGUCCAUUCAGAUGAUUAUAGAGAACCUUUGAAUUUUACUACUGGUUUACAGUUCACUAUUUAAAUUGUAGCCAAUGCAAUAAGUAAAGGAAAAAAAUUAAAGGUAUAGAGAUUAAAAAGGCAGAAACUGCCUUAAUUUGAAAAUUAAAAUGAUCUUGUAGAAAAUCUGAAGGAAUCAACAAAAAAGCUACUAGAACUAGUAAGUUUAGCAAGGUCACAUGAUUAAAAGGAGGGAGGGUAUCUUACUGAUAGAGGAACAGAAUAAGAAUUACAGUGGAAUUCUCAUUAGAAACCAUGCAAGCCAUGCAAGCAAAAGAAAAAAACAAGAUAAUGAUAAAGAGGAUCACAGUUUUUACUGCUGUAUGCCAGGGGAGGUGGCAACAAAUAUAGAUCGGAACUGAUUUAGAGAUUUGUGACACAGAACAUGGCAGGACUCUGUGUCUUUAACUCUCUUAUUCUAUAUCAAGAGCCAAACUUCACUCAUCACUUUUGUUGAUAAGAUCUACAAAGAUGGUAUUGUACAGCUGAAACUAAACAUGAGAAAAUAAUGAUUUCAAAGAAGCCUUGUGCUACAUACGUGGGCAUUAUCUCCAUAAGAGCCUUCUGAUGCAAAUAGCUUUCAAUGCACAGAAAACAAUAUUCAUCAAAAUAAGAGUAUAUAUCUUUCCACAUGCAUAAAAUAUAUCUGGUAUUGUUCUAGCAGUGAAUCCAUACAGGUCUGCAGCAACCUCAAUUCUUGCCUCCUCAGAAGAAAUAAUUUGACCAAUGGAGCAUAAGGCAGAAAGAGAGAACAAGGCAAGUUUUAGAGCGGGAAUGAAAGUUUAUUCAAAAUCUUUAAAGCAGGAAUGAAAGUAAGUAAAGUACACUUGGAAGAAGGCCAAGCAGGCAACUUGAGAGAUCAAGUGCAUGGUUUUGUCAGAAGUGUGUGAACCAGAGCAACUCCAUCUUAAAUAGGGGCUAUGUCAAAUGAGGCUGAGACCUACUGGGCUGCAUUCCCAGAUGGUUAAGGCAUUCUAAGUCACAGGAUGAGAUAGGAGGUUGGCACAAGAUACAGGUCAUAAAGAUCUUGCUCAUAAAACAGGUUGCAGUAAAGAAGUCAGCUAAAAGCCACCAAAACCAAGACGGUGACAAGAGUGACCUCUGGUUGUCCUCACUGCUACACUCCCACCAGAGCCAUGACAGUUUACAAAUGCCAUGGCAACAUCAGGAAGUUACCCUAUAUGGUCUAAAAAGAGGAGGCAUGAAUAAUCGACCCUUUGGUUAGCACAUAAUCAAGAAAUGACCAUAAAACAGGCAACCAGCAGUCCUCAUGGCUGCUCUGCCUAUGGAGUAGCCGUUCUUUAUUCCUUUACUUUCCUAAUAAACUUGCUUUCACUUACUCUGUAGACUCACCCUGAAUUCUUUCUUCUCUGAGAUCCAAGAACCCUCUUGUGGUCUGGAUCAGGACCCCUUUCCUGUAACAUCUUUCCAGUGACCAUGAAGAGAUAAUACUGAGGAGACUCCCAACCCAAAGGAAAUAGACUGCAGCAUUGAUUGGCUGACUUUAGGUAAGUGGGGCACAUAUACCUGGGUAAAGAAUGGGAUUUUGUUAGAGGCCCACUUAGGGGAGUUAGAGUCUCUCCUAAGACAGAGUAGGUUAAAAGGCUCCUCUUAAUAAAAGUAAGGAUGCUUGACUGAACUUGGGUUCAAGGCCCAACUUAGGAAGGUUAGAGUCCUUCCUAAGAUGUAAGCGGUUAGAGGCCACUGUCAGUAAACUCCCUUUUGGCUAAAAACAGGUUUGCCACUAGGAAUGUUAACCACUAUUCUCUUUGUAUUAAUCUGCCUUGCACUUUUUGGUGACAGCUGCGGGUGACAGAAUUAGGCAUGUAAAGGAUCAUGGGACAUGGGGAACUUUUUCCUCCAUAAAAGAGGAAACUUGAUUGCCAAAGGGAGUACUGGAAAAGAUCCCUUCUCGACUGACAAGCAGCUGCCUGAACUUUUGAUUCAGUGCCAGCUGCAAUGGGUGGGUCUUUCUCUGGCCUCUCUGAGCACCUCACUUCCUGCAUUCUGCUGGAAGCAAUGCUUUUCUCCCUUCCCCUUACUUUCUCUCUCUGUGCAAACCUGUUGAAUGAAUGGUAAAAAUCAGUGUUUAUUUUCUCUUUAAAGUUUUGAUUAAUGGGAAAAAGGAUUUGUGAGGCUAGUCUUAAACUAUAAUAAAUAUGGUCUGCUUUGUGUGUCUUUUUGUGUUGUUCUGUCAUAAAAGAGUGGUACCUUAGGAUAGAAUGUGGGCUUAGUACUCCCAUAAGCCCACUGUUCAAGAUGACCCAGCAAACUGGUCAGUUACAAACUUUGCUGCAAGUCCCUGAAAAAAAAAACAAAAACCUGAGUGAGGUUUCUAUCUUGUCUUGUAUGUCCUUGGGAAUGUCACCUUGUAACCAUGUGGCAGUACUUUCUCUUGGUCUCCACCAUCACAAUGGCAGCCCAGGUUCAGGGUUCAAUUCCCAGCUUAGGGAAUGAGUCCUUUAUCUUAUUCUGUCUAUGUAUUUAUGUAUGUUGUGUGUGUAAUAUAAAAGAGCUUUAAUUAAUUGGUUUAAUAUAAGAGCUCAAAUAGAAUAUUUUGUCAGAAAAGUAAAAAGUGUAAUAUCUUUUAUUUAGUUCAUGUGACUUAAGUAAUCUUUGGGAAAUAAAGACAGUUUUAAACAUUAUUGGUAAAAUAAAAAUAUCUUCAAAAUGUAAACAUUUGGUCUAAAUUAUACAGGUUAGAUAUUAGGUUUGCUUUAAGGUCAUAAACUGCUUCUUCAACUUUCAAAAAUUGUUUAAUUUAUUUUGGAGCAUUAGAUUCUAUAUAAAGCCUGGGGACAUGCGGUCGGGCGCAGGGGCUCAUGCCUGUAAUCCCAGAAUUUUGGGAGGCUGAGGCAGGUGGAUCAUGACGUCAGGAGAUCAAGACCAUUCUGGCUAACACGAUGAAACCCCAUCUCUAACAAAAAUACAAAAAAUCAGCUGGCCAUAGCGGCAUGUGCUUGUACUCCCUCUACUCAGGAGGCUGAGGCAGGAGAAUUGCUUGAACCCGGGAGAUGGAGGUUGCAGUGAGCCAAGAUCACACCACUGCACCCCCGUCUGGGUGACAGAGAGAGACUCCAUCUCAAAAAAAAAAAAACAAAAAAACAAAAA